AUGAGGAAAAUGACCUCAAACAUCCCCCAAGACAAUGAUGGUCAACCGUCACGAAUGUCAACGAGACAAACCACCGCUGCAGCUACGACCGCUGCACCCACCGAUGACAUACCGGAUCGAAUGGCAAACCUCGAGAUCCAGAUGCAAGAGAUCAAGGAAAUGAUAGCCAACCUAGCGGCAACCCAGACCAGAAUACCGUCCACGCCACAGGUGGACACCGUCGAAGUUGAGGAGCGACGAACUUCCCCUAUGCGAAACACCCCCGAGACAGUUCAGUUGCCGCCUCUUCGAAACACUCGUUCUCCAUCGAUUCCGAGGAUGUAUUCCGAAGACCCUCCGAAUCGCUACAAGAAAUCCACCAUCUCUGAGAAGAUUACGCCGCUCAGCGAUGGGAUAGAACAUACCUUUAUGCAAUGGAGCGCGUCCAUUCGGGACCGCCUCGUAGUCAAUGAGGAUCACUACCCUACCGACGUCUCGAGAAGAGCGUUGAUAUGGGGGACUACGACUGGCCUGGCAAAGAAAUACCUCGAACCCCAAUACCUAUCCGCGACACAUGGGUUUCAGAGUGCCGACGAGAUGAUGGACCUGUUGGGUGCAGCUAUUACGGGACAGGUCACAGAGUCGGAAUGGUUUCGGUACAUGUGGAACAAGUUGACCCCUCAAUUCCGUAGCCGCGUAGCGGUUAUCAAAAGUCAAUGGAAGGGAGACUACCACACUAUGGUCCGAGAACUCACCGCCUUCGAUCAGGAGCGACGCCGGAACAACGAGCUAAGCUUCCCGUCCAAGAGCGGCGAGUCGAGCUCCCGAGGACCCGCUCGUCUGAGCUCAUCUAGGUUCACACCCGCUGAGCCCGGAAGAACCCAACCGCCGAGGCCUACAAGAAGCCCUCUGGUCUCCUUCCAGAGGACUCCUUUUACGCCCACGGCCCCCAAGCCGGACAUUACAGGCCGCGUGCGGACCGCCGUGCCGGCUACGUCCGGGAACUGUUUCAAGUGCAGCAAGCCGGGCCAUUUCCAAGACAAAUGCCCGCUCAACCCCACCGUCAAGGAGAUUGACCGCGAAGCCCCUGAGGACGAAGAGCAGUGGGAGGAAGCAGUCGCCCACCAGUCGGAUGCGUCCCUGGAGGAAAACGACGAGGCCUAG